CUCCUGCUAUUACUGAAGACAACCUGAUAGCGCAGUUGAAAAAAGAGGGCAAGAAAGUGGUGAUGAUUGGAGACGACACUUGGGUGCAGCUUUUCCCUGAUCAGUUCGCUGCAACUUAUCCGUAUCCUUCAUUUGAUGUCAAGGACAUACACGUGGUGGACAAUGGCGUCAUUGAUAACAUCUUCCCGAUGCUCGAUCGCACUGAUGAUUGGGAUGUCCUAAUCGGCCAUUUUCUUGGAGUGGACCAUGUUGGACACACCUUUCGAGUGGACUCUCCUGUUAUGUACGAGAAGCUGGAUCAGAUGAACAAGGUGCUUGAGGAUGUUAUUGCAGCUCUGCAAGCGCGAGCUGGAGCGGGUGGCCAUCACCACGAUACGCUACUGCUUGUCAUGGGCGAUCAUGGGCAGACGAUGACUGGAGAUCAUGGAGGAGGCACUGAUGAGGAGGUGAACAGUGCAAUCUUCGCAAUGAGUAUGAGGCGGCCGCCUUAUCAGCUUCCAGAGGCGCUGCGCUCGCCUCCAUGCAAUCACCAGGGAGACAGUGAUGGCUUCUGCAUCAGUACUUUCCCACAGAUUGAUUUUGCGGCAACCAUCUCCAUGAUUCUUGGAAUUCCAAUACCAUAUGGCAGUGUGGGAAGAGUCAACCCUGAAGUUUGGGCUCUGGCAGCAAACAGCUGGCAGCAGUUGGGUAAGCCCAGCGUUCCUGGUUCAUCUCCUCCGUCCACAUCCAGCGACAGCGCCGUCUCCGAAGCCAACAAGGAUUCUCUUUCAAGCGAAUCACCACCACCAAGCGAGGCAGUGAAGGACGAAAAUGCGGAUAGACUGGUGGCCUUGGAGUCGUGGAUGAGGAGCUUUGCAAGAGUUUUGGCGGUAAACAGUUGGCAGGUGCAGCGAUAUAUGGAGGCUUAUUCUAAGGAGGCCUUAGCGCCGUUUCCGGCAGCUGACCUGGAGCGAUUGCGCAAGCUGCAGACCUCUGCCCAGCUCCGCACUGCUACUGUCGGUCUGAGUUCUGUGCCUUCCAGUCAACGAUGUGGAGAGCGAGAGCCAUGCCGUCUCGAGGGGAACGCUGGUGAGCGUGUGGAGGUGGCUGGCGUGAAGGCGGUGGAAAGUAGUGAUGGCAAUCGCAUGGGACGGUCUCUGGAAGAAAUGAUCGAGGAAAGCGCAGCCACUGACUUGGAGAGAAGAGUGGAAGAGUUGAAGCAAACCUUGGGCAAAUUUGACUACUACCUCUCUGCCGCUGCUGCACUUGCACGAGCGCGCUGGACCCAAUUUGAUAUGGUGGCAAUCGGAUGCGGAUUAAUUGUGCUCUUUGUGACACUGGCGGCACACGUCACUGCGAUCGUGCGUAUAACGAGCGGGGUAGGUAGUCGUUGCAUCAGAACUCGACUCCCGCGUCGUUCGAUGGCUUUUGCCUUGCUCUCUGUCCUGAUUGUGGGUGCUUUCAGGAGUAGCACCGCCGUGACGGUCACGGCAGUCUCGUCAGCAUUGAAUUUCAUGCUGAUGCGCACACGGAAUGCGACUGGGACGAGAACGGCGGUAUCGGACGACGAGAAUGAAGACGGAGACUCCCGGGAAGGUGCGAAGCGAAGGAGGACCGAGGUCGGAGAACGCGGCGACGAAAGACAAAAGCGAGGGCUUGACGAACAACCACGACCGCGAGAGAGGCGUCUGCAGACGCGACGGCAGCUGAGUCCACUUUCGUGGGUAGAUGUCCGGACUCGGAUUACAACGUUCUUCAUCGUCAUCUAUGCAGCAAGCCUGUCUUCAAACAGUUUCAUACUGGAGGAGGGCCACAUGAUUCAUUUUUUCUUGGCGUCAGCAGGUAUUUUGUAUCUUAGGAGGGCGGCGCCGAUCUCCGCAAGGGCGGCUUUGGAUGCCGUAUUAUUUAUGAUUGCAACAGCAUUGAGUUCGUGGGUGGGUAGGCUAGGGGCAUCAAAGAGCGGCGAAGGGUACGCUCAAGUCGAAGGCGGGACGGCGAUGGCGAGUGUUGUGCACAGCAAAAGAGGUCUCCAGUCCAUUCAGCUUGGGGCCACGUGUCUGUUAGUGUGGAUGUUGUUUAAAUGGCAGCAGGCGGACAAGCGAACGCUCCUUGUCCGACUCGCUGCUUUUGGUGGAAUUGGCAUGUACAUCCUCGGGACGGCACAUUGGUUGUUUGUUAGGAAUGAUGUCGAAACACCGGCGGAUGAGCGGAUGCAGGAGUUUGUACGUGUCGGACUGCCGCGGUCCGUGUACCUGAUUGCCUUGUCUUUGUUGGCACUAGUUUUCUUUACCUUGGUCGUACGAAGGGUGGGUAGGAGAAAGGCGAUGGGAAAAGCGAGGGGGAUAGCAGAACAAGAAAGCGAGGACGAGAGAUGUAUUGUAGACAUGGCGUUAUCGCUCGUCGUCAUCGGCAGUGGUCCGAUCGCAUUACUUCUCGGGCAAAAGGGACCCCCGAUUCUCGUAACAGGUGCUCUGCAGGCGUACUACCUUCUGCGGCUUCAGAAAAUCGCAGAAGACAACAGCAACGCUCAUUGGUUGUCUGCAAAGGAGGACGAAACGGUUAUGGGAAGUGAACGUGACACCGAACCUCUUCCGAAGCCUGGUUUGAAGGCGGUUUUGCCUCAGAAGGGUCGGGUGCAUGGGUCUGCAGCUAUUGAGUGGGGCCUGCUUGGGAUCCAUCUGUUCCAUGCCUCUGGGCAUCGAUGCACGUUCGAUGCUCUUAAGUUUUCCGCCGCGUUUAUAGGGUACGAUAAUUUCCACUUUUUUCGAUGUGGAUCUUUCCUUGCCCUGGAGACGUUUGGAGCUUCUCAUCUUCUGCCGACUCUUGCAAUUCCAAUUUUGGCACUGUGUCUCGGCACGACAAUGAAGGGACCCCAUUCGUCAUCGGGGCAGCGAUCAUCGGCAUCCGAUCGCCGAUCGUAUCCGUACGAUUUUUCGAGAUUGGGCUUGAUCUACCUUCUCGUUAGGGCGUUAGUUGCUGUCGUCACCACGACGGUGGUAACCAUUCAUCGGAGACAUCUAAUGACUUGGGGUUUAUUCGCACCCAAGUUUGUUUUUGACGCUGUGAGUUUUUUGGUAGUGGAUCUGUUUCUGAUCGUAGUAGCGGCGUUAGCUUUGUGAGUGUGUGUCCUUUGGGACAUCCGUAAAACAAUUUGGAAACGAUACAGAGAAAGAAGAAGAUUAGCAUGGGCCCUGCCAAAGGAUGACGCGCAUAAAUCGAGAAAUGAUCCAAAUUUCUUUUCACAAUGAAGGAAGGAGGAGGAGGGGGGGGGGCGUGAAAGGGGAAGAAGAAAAAGCUUUGUGAGUGUAUGGGGAAUUUCCCCCGCUAGGUUGUAGCGCUGUAGCCUGGCUACCGCAGCUCUGCCCGGAAACCGGACUGCUCUGGACCGCGGAUUCAAACCUGGUAGUCCGAAGAUGUCUGAAUGUCUGGACGAGAACCGGAGCAGAGGGUGUUUCUGUAAUUUUUUUUUUCCUGCUUUUUUCGGUGUUGAAUCUUUUGAUUAUUUGUCAUAUUUGAAGCUUUUUAUGAUUUGCAGGCCUCACUAACAUGCAAAAUCAGAAUGAAUCUCCCACGAGAAU